AGAGAUGCCAAGGGUCAGUAUCUGUUUGACCUUCUCUGCCAUCACCUAAACUUACUGGAGAAAGACUACUUUGGAAUUCGGUUUGUGGACCCAGACAAGCAAAGGCAUUGGUUGGAGUUUACAAAGUCUGUUGUGAAGCAGAUGAGAGCCCAGCCUCCAUUCACCAUGUGUUUUCGUGUGAAGUUUUAUCCCACCGACCCUGCUGCUCUGAAGGAGGAAAUAACCAGGUAUUUAGUCUUCCUGCAGAUCAAAAGAGAUCUCUACCAUGGCCGCCUUCUCUGCAAGACAUCGGAUGCUGCAUUGUUAGCUGCCUAUAUCCUUCAAGCCGAGAUUGGGGACUACGACCCUGGGAAGCACCCAGAAGGCUACAGCUCCAAGUUCCAAUUUUUCCCCAAACAUUCGGAAAAGCUGGAAAGGAAAAUUGCAGAGAUUCACAAAACAGAACUGAGUGGUCAGACACCAGCUACUUCAGAGUUAAAUUUUUUAAGAAAAGCCCAGACCCUGGAGACAUACGGAGUUGACCCACACCCAUGCAAGGAUGUGUCAGGAAAUGCGGCAUUUUUGGCCUUCACUCCCUUUGGUUUUGUUGUUCUGCAGGGAAACAAGAGAAUUCACUUCAUCAAAUGGAACGAGGUAGCCAAAAUGAAAUUCGAAGGAAAGACAUUCUGUUUAUAUGUAAGUCAGAAAGAGGAAAAGAAAAUUGCUCUUACUUAUUUUGCUCCAACACCAGAAGCGUGCAAGCAUCUCUGGAAAUGUGGGAUAGAAAACCAAGCUUUUUACAAGUUGGAGAAGUCAAGCCAGGUCCGCACAGUAUCCAGCAGCAACUUGUUCUUUAAAGGAAGCCGGUUCCGAUACAGUGGCCGAGUUGCAAAAGAAGUGAUGGAAUCUAGUGCCAAGAUCAAGAGGGAGCCCCCAGAAAUUCACAGAGCAGGAUUGGUUCCUAGCCGCAGCUGCCCUUCCAUCACUCACGGGCCAAGACUCAGCAGUGUCCCCAGGACGCGAAGGCGAGCUGUUCACAUCUCCAUCAUGGAAGGCCUGGAGUCGCUGAGGGACAGCGCUCACUCGACCCCCGUGCGUUCAGCCUCUCAUGGAGAUGCUUUUAUGUCCCAUUCGCGGAGUAGCAGAGCUGAGAGCAGUGAGAGAGUGGCAGUCAUCUCCGACGAGAUCUACAGCCCUGCGGAUAGCGUGCUUCCCACGCCGGUGGCAGAACACAGCCUGGAGCUGAUGCUGCUCGCCAGGCAGAUCAAUGGCGCCCCCUGCAGUAUUGAAGAAGAAAAGGAGUCUGAAGCCAACACACCUACUGCAACUGAGGCUGAUGAGAUGGGAGGCGAGUUCAAAGCCUUGAGGCAGGGUGGUGGUGGCGAUGGCGGGACACAAGCUGCACAGGUGAAUAAGUUUGUUUUAAGUGUCCUCCGUUUGCUCCUUGUGACAGUUGGACUCCUCUUUGUUUUGCUCCUUCUCCUGAUCAUCCUUACCGAGUCUGACCUUGACAUUGCCUUUUUCCGUGAUAUUCGCCAGACCCCCGAGUUUGAACAAUUCCAUUAUCAAUACUUUUGUCCCCUCAGGCGAUGGUUUGCCUGCAAAGUCCGCUCCGUCCUGAGCCUACUCAUUGACACCUGAAGGCAUGACUCUUCCUAAUAACUAGCCAGGUGGAUUCAGAAGAUACCUGCUACCAGUUCCCAGCCAAUGGGACCCAUCGUGGCACCAUCGGCCCAUAAACUAAGUCCUCCUUUCAUGAAUCAAAGUACACUGCGCCCUAGGAUGUUUGUUCCUGGAAGAAGAAAGGGAUAGAUUUAUGACAGAUUAAAAACGCAUUUCUUUAGCGCUCCACUUUCCUGAAGUACUCAACCAUUCAGUUUUUAAUCCUUGAAGUUUGCAGAAUAAUUUAAGAUUUUAAUUUUCAUAGAUGUGUUACUCUGAAGGUAUCAAAUAAGAGGAAUUUAUUUUAUUACUACUGAUUAUUGCAUUAGUGUCAGCCAAUAGCGACACUAGUUUAAGACUAGAAAUAUUGCAUUAUGCAGGAGCUUUAGUAAUGGUGCUACUGAGUUGUUCUUUAAAUACUAGUGUAUUAUUUCAUUAUUAAAACUGCCUCUGUGCACAGCACUACCACCUUCACAUUAUUUUAAAGAGAUCCUCCUUUUACUAACUAGAGCGUCUUAACUGGCAAAUGGUUUAUUCUUUAGAAAGUGAUCUGGUACAAUACCAUCAUCAACUUAGAAACGUUUUCACAAACAACAGAGUGGGCAAGAAACAGGGAAGCCAGGAGUGGCAGUGUCUGUUCCUUUAAGUAGCAUAGAAAGAUGUGAAUACCUAUCCUACUCUACAACAUAGGCAUUUUCUGAUUAUGUUAAGCCUUGAACCUUUAGUGCACCGCAGUGGCGUUUACUAUAGAGGUGUUAAAUCCCUAAAGACAGUGGGAGUUGAGUAUAUGGGGGUAGUAGAUAAAUGUACUCAGUUAUGUUCUAUAAAGUCUGGGUGUGUAGCUAGUAAUCAGACCGGAUUGAUUUGGAAUACAUUUUGCCUCCGAAAGUUGUACUUGUUUUGUAUAAAAAAACUGUUCAACCUAUAUUUUAAACAAAAUAGCAUUUUGUUAUUGAUACUAAUCAAGUCUUUUUUUAACUUUAUGGAUUAGAUGAACAUAGUGUGAUAUACAAAAUGAUUGGAGUAAGCCAAUUACUUUGAGAAUAAAUGUUUUGUAGAAUGGAAUUCUAAUGGCAGAUUAACCCAUUACUUGUUUUGGAAAAAAGAGCAGAUUUUUUGAAAAUUUUCAAAGGUAAAGAGCAGAAUUACAGAAGUGGAGGCAACAGUGAAAAAAACCAAGACAAAUAUGAGAUCUAUCCUUAAGGGAAAAAAGUGUAAUUAACUAAUUUCUAUUGUGACAUGAACACUUGAAUCUUUUAUUACCUGGCAAAAACAGCAGCCCAUUUGUAAGGGGAGCAAUAAUCUCUACUGUAAAGUUUCUUGUGAAGCUGGGCAUAUUUAACAAAUAGCAAGAGUUUCAUUUCAUCUCAGGGAGAGAUUUUAAGCAAGCCGAGGCCAUAGACCUAAUUGUAAAAGCUCUGAUUUACAUUUUCUGCACCUUUAACCAUCUCUGCACACAAGUUCAAGCACUGCUGGUGCGCGUACACACACACACACACUCCCUUUGAAGAUGAGUUAUGAUUUUGUCCUGAACUGGUCAGUUGUGCUCUUUUGCCAAAUGUUCAGUCAUCCAUAUAGAGAAUAAUCUGAAAGUCAGUUAGAUUCAGACUAUUUGUCACUGCAAUAAAUAAGGUCCAUUUUACUAGUCUGUCAGAUCUUAAAAAAAAAAACACACACACACACACA